UAUAACUCCUAGAAACACAAUCAUCAGUUCACGAUCCAUCACAGAGCACUGACAGAGGAGAAGACUCAUCAGCCAUGCAGAAAACUGGGAUUUUGUGGCUACUCUUGGCUCAUUUUGUCACAUCGGCUCUGCUUUUUGAUGUCAAGAUGAUCAAUGUUUACCCCAACCAUGGCAGCGUAUCUGGAGUGUUCCAAGCAGGGCUAUCCAGUGGCUAUGCCUUCAACGCGUCUGUAGCGAGAAACGUGUGUGAGCAGCUGGGUGUGGUCAUGGCAGACAAGGCGCAGAUGGAAAAGGCUCUCAAGCAUGGCUUUGAGACAUGCAAGUUUGGCUGGAUCGAUGAACAAGUUGCAGUUAUUCCAAGAGUACAACCCAAAGUCUCCUGUGGAAGAGGCGAUGUUGGGAUUGUUACCUGGCGUGCACAUCCAAGCUCAGUAUUUGAUGUCUUCUGUUUCAAUUUAACAGAUUAUGAAGCUCACAUGAAUAAAGCGCAAGAGAGUAUUACUGUCAUGCCUUCAUUUCACACAUCUGGAGCUCAUUCGAUACUAUCCAAAACGACUCAUUCUGCAUCUCAGAACCAUCUAAAGUCGAUGUCCUACUCGUCACCUCAGGACAUUUUGCAGUCCACUUCAUCCAGUCUUCCUAACUCUGAGAACCACUUGCCUGAAUUGCAGGCCUUCAGCAACACAGGUUCUACCACUGCAGUCAGCCUGAUUGCUGUACUCACGACGGUCUUCGCUUUCCUGCUGGUUACUGUGGCUGCUGUCUGUUAUUUCAGAAAGAACAGUGUGGGUCAGUGGAACAAAGCUCAGCAGAAAGAGAACAUAGAAACUAUCAUUUGUGAGAAAACUGACAGCGUGUCGAAGGCUGAGGUGAAAAAGCAACACAAAACAACAUCAAAUCCAAACGAUGUCAAAGUGACCAUCCAACCAUAAAACGAGAAUGGAGCUCCAUCGUAACCAGACACAAUAGAUAGACCAUUGCCCUGUGCUGUGCUAAAAAGGCAUCAUGCAAAUGUAUUUAUUCAAUUGAACAAACUUUUUUUUAAAUUUCCUUUUUUAUCAAAGAUUGUAUGUAGUGUUUUUCUUUUUUAAUAUUUGUACAGUAGACCCAUGUUUAUGGAUAUAAUUGAAAUACCUGUUUUUUAUUUUAUUUUUUAACAAAUGUCUUUUGAUUGCUAGUUUAGUGUGUUCUGAAUUAUUGGCACACUUUAUAAGCAUGAGGGGGGAGACAUUUAUAUUAUAUUAUAUUAUAUUAUAUUAUAUUAUAUUAUAUUAUAUUAUAUUAUAUUAUAUUAUAAUCGGGCAGAAGGAGAAACUAAUUAUCUUUCUUAUAAAAAAAAAAAAUCAUUGUAUUUAUUACAUUUCCUACUGAAACCUAUAAACUCAUCUGUGUUUUUGAUAAACAA